AUGGGCAUCCCCAAUCUGUCUCGACAUCUCGCCUCUCUAUCAGAGCCUAUCGUCUUUGGCGGAAGUCAUGAUGGCCCCUCAACAAACUCCGUCAGGUCCGUCGUGAUCGACGGUCCCGCUCUCGUGUACCAUGUCCAUUCGAUCUUGGCCUCGAAGGGCAGUUCGCGUCUCAGCCAAAUCGACCGGCAACCUAGCUGUAAUGAAGUCAGUGUUGCUGUCAUGAACUAUCUCGUGCUCUUAAAGACUCUGAAUAUAAGCGUAUUGAAGAUAUAUUUUGAUGGCGCUCUUCCCUUGCAUAAGCGAGACACAAGACUGUCGAGACUCGAAAAGUCCCGAAAACAGCUCGAGACGUUUUGCAGAGCCACGAGUAGAGAAAGUGGACUUAUCUCAGUGGAGCGCGGUGCUGUUGCGAUUUGGCCCAGAGACCUAUUUCAGGGGUUUGAAUCCUCUGGAAAGCGCCCAAAACUUCCAGAGAAUGCCUUUAUGGUAUCGGCUGUCAUUGAAGACCUGGUUUCGAGGUGGAAUAUCUCUGAAAUAAAAUCAAAUUUGCUGGGAAAUUUAGCCAACCUUUACAUGGACGACACUGACCAUCCCUGGUCGGAUAUCUGUGAGGUUGUCCCUGGCGAGGCUGACAUUGCUUGUGCUGCGCUUGCAUAUCGAGAACCUGGACUGGCCAUUCUAACGAGUGACUCUGACCUGCUCGUUUAUGACUUUGGAUCGUCCAGCUCCGUAAUUUUCUUCAACACUUUUUCCACCGAGAGCUGGUAUGACAAAGAUCCGUCUCAGUCUACAGUUAGAGCGAUGAGCAUUUCCCCAGGCUCAGUCUCACGUCGACUUGGAAUACCAGCUCUAUCCUACUUUGCGUAUGAAUUGAGCCUCGACCCCCAUGCAGGAUUCAGAGAGCUCAUUCGCCGUGCAAAACACGCUUCUGCUGAAUCAAGCCAGCCUGUACCAGCAGCAUAUACCGAAUUCAUGAGACAGUACGAUUUCCAGUGCUUUCAGAAUGGCUCGCUUGACCCGUCCCUUUUAAGGGGCAUUGAUGUCCGGCUGUCUGAGCUGCUGGUACAGUGCCUCUGGACUAGUGAAUAUUUGGAAGAAACGCCUCGAAUAUAUUUACCAUUUCUGCAGGAAGACCACUCGAGACGGUGUGGGUGGGCUGAGGGUAGUCGUAUCAGGAGACUUGCGUUUUCCUUGCUCAACUUCAAUCCUACAGGGGUGGUGAAAUACUCUACCAUCACCGAAUGCACGCGCAGAGGCACACGGUUCUGCUUCGAUCAAGUGGCUCUCUAUACCCGUGAAACUAUUGACCUAGAGGCGCGACGUCUCCUCGACAUAUUCAACCACAUCCAGACUGCAAACCCGCAGGAAGACGGCAGCCCGAUUUUCUGGCGCAUAUUCGCCAUAGCUGAAAUACAUCUGAAUGCCACAGACACCCUUCCUCCUCGCCUCGACAAACAGGCCUUGGCUUCUUUCCUUGGUUUUGGCAAAACUAAAAAGAUCAAUAACAGUAGCAGCAGUGUUGUUGGUUGGGAAGAAAUCCACGCUUUGGCUCAGAUGCAGUCGGUGCUGUAUUCGCUACGGAUACUUUCUCAGAUAAUCACGACUGUGCCACAUAGUCAAGGACUAGUUGGCCAAUUGCAUGCAAUUUUGUCGACGUUGCCUCCGCUACAUGUUUUGAUGAGAUCAUAUAGAGAAGUUAGAGACGAGUUUUACAAUGUAUGA